AUGGUCUCGAGCUCUCGGCCUGUCAAUAGGAACGACAGACAUGCUGGGGUUGGUAAGCAGCCGAGCAAAGCUUCAGCUUCUGGCGUUUCGUAUCGCUCUAUAACAUCGUCUCGAGAUAAAGCUCUCUCGCUGAAUCAUUCAAGAAACCCCACGCUGGAACGUGAUGAUCCUUCGGCUGUGAGUAAGAAGAAGUAUGUGGCGAACAGACUGGAUAGUCUGCCCCCUCAUGUCCUGGAUAGCUUUUACCAGGUCUGUGUCAACAAUGAUGGCCCGUCGCAGCCCACAGCCUCCGAAACGGUGGUAAACCCUCGAGCNAGCGAGUACGUCUUCUGUCUUGGACUUUGUAGAGCACUGGUGUCUGAUGAGAGAAUAGGAAUCCUGCAGAUCGAAGAAGAGUCGGCACAGCGACAUGCUAAUAACCAACAAAACACAUCAAAGUGCAAGGCAAUCACCUCUGCAGAAUCUUCUGAUGAAGAGAACGAGGAAGCCUGGUCGAACCAUAGCAACAUGCAGAUCACACUGCACAUUGCCAACCAGGACGAGGUGGUUCANUUUUUGAAAAUGCGCUUCACACAAAUCCAACAACUUGCAACCAAAGUCAUCGCCAAGGCAUGGAUUAAAGCCAUCUGUCCAAAGAAGCAAGCAAACUUCCCGUAUGUCGACAGCAACCCACGGCCAGACCAAAGUCAAAAGCGUCGUCGACCACGUCACGAUGGUCCUCCAAGGAUCCCGAGUUUCUGGCCCGACGUCAAGUUAUGCCGACACAAAGAACCCGAUCAUACCAGNAAAGACUGGCUGCAUUGGACUGAGCAAAACUGGCUCGACUCCAACGGCAAAGGCUCAGAAGUCCCUCAGAAAAUCAAGGAUCGCAACUGGGUUGGAUUCUUGAGAGAUGCCUUUCCGGUCAACAAGCUGGAGGAAGUGCAAGGAAGUAACCCUGACAAGGCGGCUAUGCGAAGAAGGUACUUGAACCAGAUCUACAAGGUUGCUGAAGACGAGCAAAUGAUGCGCUACCGAGUGGGUCCCGCGAAUCAGACAAGAAGCUAUACCGCUGGUGCUGGUUGGGUCCCAGCAGGCUCUCAAGCAGCAGUAUCGGCAAGCCAGAGCGAUCACGCCGACAGUGACGACGAAGAAGACUCGCCUGCUAUGGAUUCAGCCACGAUGGCACGCACCAACUCUCAUUUAGAAAAUUGUGCGAUGUCACCAGAAUCCGAGGAACAAGCAGACGACUCCAAAUCGGCAUCCUCGUACUCUGUAGUCGAGCUCAUCAAGGAGGCCAAGGUCGAGCAGGUGCCUUUCGACGGAUGUUUUCCAACGGACGACGUGGUGAUGGCCGGUGCUAGCCAUGGUCCAGAGUUGAAAUUCGACCCUGCAGAUGAGUGUAUGACAGUUCCGCUUGGAUCAGUACCACCCAGUGAUGAUAUGGACUACUAUGAACCAUCAUGGGGUGGCAACACGGCGAUGGCUCAGAGAACACCAGAUGUGUAUCAGCAGCCCCAGUAUGCUGGAACUCCUACUCCAUGGUACGGAGAAACAUCUGUGGGGCAUAGCCAAGGUCAGUUGCCCGCAGUGACCAUCAGCAACCAACCUUGGAGCGACUAUCGUCAUGGGUUCAGGCCAUUUCAACCAGCAACGCUUCCUGACAAAACGAUGACGGAAGCAGUAUCUCACCCCGCUGGUUUUGGAAACAUGCACCAGAUGGCCAUGUCGGCGUCUUUUGUACAGCCGAUAGUAUCAGCGGCCAGUGAUAAUCAACACGCAAUGUUCCAAGACUCCAGGAUGCAUUACGUCCAUGAUCCCUUUGAGCAGCACAACCAAGCCGGAUACACGGGUACUCAGCACCAGGAGAUGUAUACCGGGUGGCAUUGA